AUGCCAAACAUGCUGAUUUCACUCGCUCACUUCUGUGAUAAGCACGGGCCCAGAAUCUUGUUAGGAACGCAGUUUGCCAAAGACGGAGAAGAGCUAUUUCUACCGGAUUACCCCACAGACACAUACUGUGAUUCCUGUUCAAUCCAUUUUCCCGGCAGUGACAAGUCAUCUAGGUCAAUGCGCAGCACACUCCACUCGAUCGACUAUGUUUCUACGAACUAUCCGUCCGUGCGAUAUCAGUUGAUCUCUUCAGUUAUUCGACACAUUUUCUCAGAGGAGACUAUGACUUACGACGGAUCGCCUCUGACCUUCUAUGAUCAAAGUCGAGGCCUUAACUUGGUAAUUGGGUUCAAGCUCCAGGAUAAUGAUGCUAGGGGUGACGAAAGACGAUAUGGGCUCAUUCUGACGAUCGACUCCCCAGACCACGCCUCAGCAAUGAAAUUGCUAUCUCGGCACUGGGAGUUUGUGAACUACAGUUUCAAUAAAGUAAUCCAAUACACCAAACAGCAGCGGGAGGACGAGUUGCGGCGGAGACAAAUCUCUGAAUCGUACGGCGAGUUUACACCCAUGGCUGGUAGCUAUUUGAGAGGAAAUAAGUUAAAGAUUCCGCGGAACCUCGCCUACCUAACAAACGAUGACUUACUGUUCGUUAGACUGCAUAAAUGGAACACUUAUAUGUUAGACGUUUUAAAUAUGGAUGAAUAA